AUGGGGUGUCAGUCAGCUUGUCAGGAUGUGCAACAUGAAUGCACAAAUAUCUUCAUGUUGACUGGCAAGGGUGUUUUACCAGAUUGUAAUAAAAAAUCACCUCUUACUGGUCAACCCCUAUCAUCUGAUAGCAGUUGUAAUGCGAUUGCACCUCAAAUUGCUGAUCCUCAUGCUUUUUACAACUUAUCUGCCAUAACGCCCGGUGUUGUGAUGGCCGAGUGCCCUGCACCAUUUCUUAAAGACCCACUUGCAAAAGCAGGAACCACCGAUACCACCAGUACUAUUUAUUGUCGCGCUGGUUGCUGUAUCCCUUGUCCAGCUCAAAAUUAUUUUUAUCCUGAAGGAUGGGCCGUGCACGGAUUUUUAGCCACUGAUAUUCUUCGUUUUAUAUCUUCGAUUGUAUCCUUCUUUAUGCUGGUCAGUUAUCUGGUAUUACCGGAUAAGCGAAGACACCCUUCUCUACUCAUUUUAAACGUGUCAGCAAGUAUCUUUUUAUUCAGUAUGGUAGUGUAUUUUUCAAUUGGUAACCCACAAAAACUUCAAUGCGCCAAUCUUGUUUCUGUAAGCACACAGGAUAAUAACAUUUUGUGCGCAACACAAGGUGCUAUUCUAAUUUUCUCAUCCCUGUCUACAUGCUGUUGGAGUGCUGCUCUUAUUGUAAAUCUUCAUUUACAUACUGUAUGGAACCUGAAUUUCUUCACGAAUCGUUAUGGUAUUCUAAACAUUUUAUGUUGGGGAUAUCCCACCGUGAUUAUGAUCGUUUCAAUUGCCAUGCAUCAAAUCAAGUUUGAAUUUGCCAAUCUUUGUCUUGUCUCUGUAGACCGUAUCUUUGAGAUAUUCUUCUAUCCCAUGGCAGCCGUCGUCUGUCCUGCUUUCUUGAUCCAUAUCGCCACGUUUUUCUAUAUUGCUAAGAUUGCUAUCCAAGAAGGUGUUCAAUCAGAUAUGUCACAGUCGAUGUCGCGCACCUCCAUGACCAAUCCUACACCGGCACGUCGUCAUAAACAUGUCAUUACGGCUGUACAAAUUCAGUGGCGUGCGUUGUUACUUGCGAUGUUGGCGUGUGGUACUGUAGUGUUUUAUUGGAUCUUUUACUUCACGCAAAUUCAUCGUGUCGUGGACCUCGAACAGGAUCGUACGAUUACGAAUCACUGGCUAGAAUGUAUGCUUUCACCGGGUGGACAUCAAGAUAGUUGUGUUACGAUUAUUAGAGAUCAUUUGCCUCCGUAUGGACUGAUGAUGGCAGCAGAAACAUUGGUCAGUACACAAGGUAUCUGGUUAUUUGUUAUUUUCGGAAAGAGAUCACUCUGGAGAGAAUGGAACGAUUUAAUUUACGAUUUACGAAUUUCGUUUGGUUCAAGAAGAAAGGAAAAGAAUGGAGAGCAAUUCUUUGCGCUUUAA